AUCAUCAUCGUCACUUUCUUGCAAUCUGAAAUUAAGAUUAUAAUACUAAAUAAUAAUAAUACUAUGAUAUGAUGAAUCAGAAGAAGAAAACCCAACUUCCAUUGAUAGCAAUCAUAUUAUUUUUCUUCAUAUUUGUUGCUUCUACUGUUUUCUUUAAUGAACACAGAUUUCAACAAUUCCAUCACAACCAAGAUUUUGACAAGAUUACAUUUUCACUCAAUUCUUCACCCCCAGGGAAAUUCAAUUCAGUGGCUUUGGAUCGAUUCAGCUCAUGCAACUCUACUGUAAAGUACAAUGGACGCAAAGCCGAAUGGGACGUGCAUUUGCUGCAAUCUGAUAAACAAAGAGAACACGACGACAUGUGUGAUGUGUUUUCUGGCAGAUGGGUAUUCGACAACACUUCAUAUCCGCUUUAUAAUGAAUCGGAUUGUCCAUACAUGUCUGACCAGUUGGCUUGUCAUAAGCAUGGUAGACCUGAUUUGGAGUACCAGUAUUGGAGAUGGCAACCUCAUGGCUGCAAUUUGAAGAGAUGGAAUGCAACUCAGAUGUGGGAGAAAUUGAGGGGGAAGAGAUUGAUGUUUGUAGGAGAUUCACUGAACAGGGGCCAAUGGAUAUCAAUGCUGUGCUUAUUAGAGUCGGUAAUCCCUGCAGAAAAGAAGUCAAUAACACCAAAUGCCCCUCUUACCAUUUUCCGAGCCGAGGAAUACAAUGCCACGAUAGAAUUCCAGUGGGCACCACUUUUGGUUGAGUCAAAUUCCGAUGAUCCAGUCAACCACAGAUUGGAUGAGAGAAUAAUGCGCCCCGAUUCAGUUCUCAGGCAUGCAUCUGAAUGGAAGCAUGUUGAUAUAUUGAUCUUCAAUUCAUAUUUAUGGUGGAGACAAGGCCCUGUAAAGUUGUCAUGGAGUAACCAGAAAAAUGGAGUUUGUGAAGAAGCGGAUGGGUUAGAAGCCAUGGAGUUGGCCAUGGACGCAUGGGCAAAUUGGAUACGAUCUAACAUUAAUCCAAUGAAGAAGAAAGUGUUUUUUGUUACAAUGUCCCCUACUCAUCUCUGGAGUCGGGAGUGGGAAGCAGGAACGGAAGGGAACUGCUAUAAUGAAAAACUUCCCAUUGAAGAUGAAAGAUAUUGGGGAAGUGGUUCAGAUUUGGCUACAAUGAGGAUGGUGGAUAACGUUGUAAAUAAAUUGAGGUCUAGGAUUAGUGUUAUUAACAUUACUCAGUUGUCUGAGUACCGGAAAGACGGGCACCCAUCAAUAUAUCGGAAGUUUUGGGAGAGUCGAACCGCAGAGCAAUUAGCAAACCCAAUGAGUUAUUCUGAUUGUAUACAUUGGUGUUUGCCUGGUGUUCCUGAUGUUUGGAAUGAGAUUUUAUUCCAUUUUCUAUAAACAGAAAGUUUCUUAUCAUUCAUGUUGUAAUGUAAUGAGUUUUUGUAAAAAUCCAGAUUCUGUGUCAUGAACAAAAA